CUGCUAAAAGUGUCCCAGCCGCAAGAGAAGGGGGGAGGAAGAGGAGGGAGGAGGAGGAUGGAGCAGCUCCGUCCUGCCCUGUUCCAGAUUUUCCCCAAACGCUGAGCAUCGGCGGCCACGUGCUGGAAGGACGUUCGUUUGACAGCGUCGACGCAGAGAGACAAUAGACACGCGCGCACACUUAGAACGACACUGAAGAGGUACAGAGAGAGAGAGAGACGCACGCGCACACAGAGUGCUCGACACGCCGAGAGAGAGGAGAGAGCGAGCGAGAGAGGAGCGGGCGACCGGGAGUCUUCGUUCAUCAUCUUCAUCGCUCGCUCAUUGUUCGCUGGCGCCGUCUCACCGACUCCGAGUGCGAUGGGAUGGGAGACCCCCCCCCUUCCCCAUCUCCCGCCCAGCAAGUGUCUCCAUCAGCCGGCGCGAUCGUAGACAAGUCGCACGCGUCCAUGGCUGACCUGGCGGACACUGAGGACGAUCAACUCACGACACCGGAGCGACUCGCCACUUGACUCUGCGCCGGCGACUCCAGCGGCCGGGACUAACCCUGAACACUGACGGACAGCUCCCUCCGCCGGGCUGCACCUCGACUCCUCCAUCGUCUCGCAGCAGCCGCUGUUUGGUGGAUGCGUUGACACCAGCGGGCGCCACUGAUGAAUGCACGAGCCCACCGGAGACCCCAAGAAUUCCUCCUCCUACCCACGAGGGGGUCGCCGCAAAUGACGGCCCGACGUGAGGUGCGAGUCCCGGUGCGGCUCGCUGUGGCUUGGCCCACGCUGCUGCUGCUGCUGCUGGGUCUGUGUCUGUGCGGCCCCCGCCGGGCGCUGGCGCAGUACGACGUCUGUAAGAGCACCGUGAGCUGGGACUCGAAGCUGCUGGCGCCCGCCUGGGAGUACUCGGCGUGCCAGCCGCCCACCGCCGACCUGGGCCGCUUCGUGCGCGUCAGCCUCGAGCCGCCCGACAUCACCUGCGGGGACCCGCCCGAGCGCUUCUGCACCCUGGAAAACCCGUACAUGUGCAACAGCGAGUGCGACGCAGCCACGCCCGACCUGGCGCACCCCCCGUCGCUGAUGUUCGACCUGGAGGGCCGCUCGCCGUCCACGUACUGGCAGAGCGCAUCGUGGCGCCGACGCUUCCCCGAGCCGCUGCAGGCCAACCUCACGCUGUCGUGGAACAAGAGCGUGGAGCUCACCGAGGACGUGGUGGUCACGUUCGCGUCGGCGAGGCCCGAGGUCAUGGUGCUGGAGAAGUCGCUGGACUACGGGCGCACGUGGCAGCCGUACCAGUACUACGCCGACGACUGCAUCGACGCGUUCGGCAUGGAGGCGCAGAACAGCCGCGAGCUGCCGCGCUCCGCCGCCCAGCGCGUCAUCUGCACGGAGGAGUACUCGCGCGCGUACGUGUGGGAGGACGCCAAGACGGUGCGCUUCGAGGUGACGGACCGCUACGCGCUGUACGCGGGCGCCGACAUGCAGAACCUGGCGUCGCUCUACGGCCGCCUGGACACCAACCGAGGCCUGCGCGACUUCUUCACGCUCACCGACCUGCGCCUGCGGCUGCUGCGCCCCGCGACGGGCGGCGUGGCGGUCGACGCGGCCAACCUCAGCAAGUACUUCUACGCCGUGGCCAACAUCCACGUGCGCGGCAGGUGCAAGUGCAACCUGCACUCCAACACGUGCCUCUUCAACGACGGGCGCCUCGCGUGCGACUGCGAGCACAACACCAUGGGGCCCGACUGCAGCCGCUGCAAGAAGGGAUUCCGCGGCGGCGCGUGGAGGCCGGGCUCCUACCUGCCCUACCCAUCGGGCACCGCCAACCCGUGCACCGCUUCCGUGUCCAGCCCCGCGAUGGCCCCCAAGGCCGACCGCGUGUCGGCGAUCCAGCCGGAUCCGGCACCCGCGCCGCCACCGCCGCCACCUCCGGCCGCGGCGCUUCCUGCACCACCGGCUCCAGCCCCCAAGCCAAAAUCCAAGCCAGCUGCCCCAAAGGCCGAUGCCCCACGGCCACCCAGCAUCCUGGCGGAGGAGAUGUACGACGACAAUCCAGAGUGCCAGUGCUACGGCCACUCGAACCGCUGCAGCUUCAUCGAGCUGCUGAGCGCGGUGACGUGCGUGAGCUGCAAGCACAACACGCGGGGCCAGCGCUGCCAGUACUGCCGCCCGGGGCACUAUCGCAACGCGUCGCUCCCGCUCAGCGACGAGAACGUGUGCAUCGCGUGCGAGUGCAACCCGUUCGGCUCGGCGAGCGAUCGCUGCAACGGCACGGGGCAGUGCGAGUGCAAGGAAGGCGCGAGCGGACUCAAGUGCGGCGAGUGUCUGGCCGGCUACUACUGGAACCGCGGCUGCCAGCAGAACGCGUGCGACGAGGAGCUGCUGCGCUGCCAGAACGGCGGCGAGUGCCGCGACCGCCAGCGCUGCGCUUGCGCGCCCGGCUACUCGGGCGCGCUCUGCGAGGAGCGCAGCGGCUGCCGCGGCCGCGGUGCCGGCUGCGGCGGCUCGGGAACGACGCCGCGCCCGGACCCCGGCGGCCUCCUGCUGGCGCUGCUGCUGGCGGCGCUGCUGCUGGUGGUGGUGCGGCCGCUCGAGACGACCCAAGAGCUCGGUCUCGCGUCCGCCGCGUGAGCGUGCGGGAUGAGCCGGCGGCCGGGGUACAGAGUAGAGUCUCCACCGCGAGGGAGAGCCGUGGAUCGGCCGACGGCCUCCGCUGAGCGCGGGAGGCGGCGUGCGUCCUCUGCCGGCCCCGGCGGGCACUCCCGAGGGCCCGCAGGGCGGAAUUCUACAAGUGGUGCCGACGUGCGGUGGCCACGACUCGCGAUGAAUAUCACGAUGACAACAAUUAUGACGAUGAUAACAACAUCGAUGGAUAAGGCAGUCUACAGUAAUGGAGAUGAUGUCACCAAUGAUGAUGAAACGGUUGAAUCUAUGGCUAUGGUGAUGGCGUUGAUGGUGAUGAAGGGGAUGGAAUAUCACGAUGAUGACGGUGAUGAUAAUGCUGAUAACAUUGAUGAAAAAAGCAGAGUCUACAGUAAUGGAGGUGAUGUCACCAAUGGUGAUAAAACAGUUUAAUCUCUGGCCAUCAUGAUGAUAAUGGUGUUGAUGGUAAUGAUGAAGGGGAUGGUCCAAACGCAAUCAAAAUAACUUAAAUGAACAAGGGAUUGGGUUCCUCUCCAUUUAAAGCCCCGAGCUGAGCCAAAGAGCACAGAGUCAUGGGACAGCUUUGAAUGUGAACAUGUGUGAUGAUAGUGAUCGCAGCGGUGAUAAGACUGAGUCACAAAACUUGCUCAUUCAUUGACCAAAAAUGUUUUCCAAAAAGUUUCUCAAACGCUGCCACUCCGGAUAAAACGUCUCAACCCGCAGGUUCACGCAAUGAAUGUUGGGUACACGGCACCACUUCCUGACAUAUUUUCUCUCGUUUCAACUCUUCAUCCCAUCGCAGAGCGAGGUAGCAGUAUGCUCACCACAGUAAAACAACAACGACAACUCACGCGUCGUACCAAACGGCAAAUGAAUCACGAGAACAAACAAACAACAACAAAAAACCCCGCAACAAUUACGAUCGUUUCGAUGCCUUCACAGCUAUCAAUUUGUUGUGCACGUGGCAACCACAGCAGCAUUGGUCCCCCCGUGAGUGGGAGCCGCACCCUGCCAGUGUAAAUAUCUGUACAUCGACCGCGAAACAACGACCAAUGAUGAACUAUCGAGCGCCGUCGGUGAGCCGCGCGUGCGCUCACGAGCCGCUCCCAGCUUGCCGCACGUGGCGCCCUGGCUUGGAAUCCCUCGAACGCUCCAAAGUCGGCGAGCGACGCGUUAGAUAAAUCGGCGACGAUGCAACGAUGAGCGCCGCGCUCUGCCCAGCGGCGCGACUUCACUUGGGUCGUUGAGCGCGCGAUUGGUAUCGGCCCCGGUGUAAGGAAUUAAAUGGGGGUGGGGGGGGUAGGGUGCCCCCUCCCUGGGGGGGUGUGGUGCCCCCUUCCUGUCUUAAUGUUAUCCCCCCCCCCCUCUGGGCACCUCUGGCCUGUUCGAGAGCCCCGGUGCAGUUACAGGGCCUGCACACUUGCUAGCUGUGACGCUGGCUUCACGUCGGCGAUGCAAGAAGACAUGGCGGUGUCGGGAGUUAUCCGUUCCCUCUGCAAAUGUGUUCCCCCAUUAAUGUUCGUUCCCCCGAGGAUCCAGUAUUUGGGAAGCGGGGAAAAUUGGUUCCCCCUUUGAAUAUGUUUACCCCGAAAAUGUGUUGUUAUGAAUGUUUAAUUGCAUUUGCGAUUACAAACUUAAUUUUAAGACGAUGUUUCGAACUUUUUCGCGAAACUAGUUGCCUAAACUCUAAACCCUAAACCCUAACCUUUGACACUCAUUCAUAACCCUAACCCCUAACUUCGACCCCUAACCCAUAACUCUUAACCCUUACCCCUAACCUUUAACCUUAUCCACAACCCUGACCCUAACCCUCGAAACCCUAAUUCUUGAACACUUAUCUGUAACCAUCACCUCAAGCCCUAACCAUCGAAUCUUAAACCAUUGUCCCGAUUUUAGGGUUACAAAAAGUAACGUUCCGCUGGUGGGAACACAGUUUGUUGCCAUGGAGGUACAAAUAUCGCGAAAUAUCUGCAUGGUUCAUUUCUUCAGUAAACUAUCUGACCUGGGCAACCCCUUGAGAUGGAACGUCUCGUCAGCAAGGGGGUCCGAUGAGCACGGUUGGCUACGUACGGUGCGAUAGAAGUUCAAAGACAAAGUUCCACCGUAAAACCUACACGGGGCUGUUGGGGAAAGUGCUGUUAGCGAGCACCUAUGAAAGAAGUUAAAUAGACAUACAUACGCGUCCAGGUUUAUCAAGUACCGAGAGCAGACACUGAAAAGACACGCGCGCGCACACAUAGCCUGGUGAAACGUAAACUUUCGGGGGAGCCAAUACACAGGGCAUUGAGACGGCGAUACCUAAGUGCGCUUCCCUCUUGCGGAGUGUUCCAUGUACAAUGCUGGUGGCCAGUAACUCAACGAGCAUGGGGGGGGGUGCCUUGCCCCCCCCCCCACCUUUUCGGCCAAAGCUACGAGUUUGGGCAUUCGGGCCCCACCCGACCGGUUGCCGCGCCCUCUGAGCUGUUCGUGUUGCGACUACGCCACUCUUCGUGGCGGCUCACGACUCCAGGUGCGGAAGGCUACAAAAAUCCACCUCGGGUGGGGGGUCGAUCCGGGUCUGCGUAAAGAGUGAGUUGUAGAUUCUAUCCACGCAUUGAGUGAUCACAGACUCCAUCCUCCGGCGGACAUGUGGCGAGCUUAGAGGGCCGGCCGUGCGUGCAGCUCACGCAGCUUGCCAGGAGAACUGGUGGAGUGGGAUUUGCAGCAACCGGUGCAUCGUCAUCAUCACUACCAUAUUCGUCACGAUCCUCAUGACCAUUAUCAUCACCAUCAUAGCCAUCACAACCACCAUCAGCAUUACCCCCAUAGCCACCACUAUCAUCGCCAUCAUCAACACGGUCACGAUCACAACCAGCAUCAUCGCCAUCAUUUUAAUCACCACCAUCAUUACCAAAUUUUUCCCAUCACCGCCACAAGCUGCCUUCACGUUCCACGCAUCACCUCGCCCAACCUGGACGCAUCACCCCCGCGACUGAGAGACCCCGAAUCGUCCCGGGGCUGCCACCACAUCCCCCCCCCCCCCCCCCCCACUCCGCCCAACCUGGACGGACUCCUCGCGCGUUUGCUCAGCGCCCCCUCGCCUCCCCGUUCAGCCCCUGCGACGCGUUUCCUUCCUCCGGGUCGUGCCGCCGUCAUGGUGUUGGUUGUGGUUGUUCGGCUGUGACGUCCGACGUUCCGCUUCCGCGCCCGCGCGCCGGAAGCCUCUUGGGUUUUUUUUUUAUCCUCUACCGAAGAGCAGCAAAGCCCGGAACGAAGACUCAGCGGAGAGCAAACAAGAAUGCACCACGCCGUGGCUUUGUCGCUCAAUCGGCCCCAGGGCUCCCCCCCCCCAACCCCGCAAGUGGCCACACAUUCUAGAACGGCUGAGACACUUGGUGCAUCGGUGCAGAGGAAUGGGCUCACUCGCGACAAUUUAUCGCCGUUUUUUUAUUUUCAAGUUAACGACGCAAGAAGGAGCCGUGCCAAUUUACAAUGACCGACCGGGUGUGUACAAGUGUAUAAUGUUAAUCAUAUUGAUUACUGUUGUAACUGUGUAAAGUACAAAUGAGCUCAUUAAUCAAGGGGGUUGGGAGCAGAGGGGAGGCGGUAAGUGCGUGCGUAAGCAAACAUGAAGAAACAUUAAAGAGCGCAUGGAGGAACACGCAAGUAUUUGUAGGCGACCAAACAGGCAGGUUGCGUGCGGUGGAGUCAAGUGUGGAUACUCCCAGUGCUGUCAAGGACCCUCUGGCCGAGCGUGGAAGAGUAGGCCCAGCAUGCCCUCUUAGAUUAACUCCUCUCCAGCUCAAUCGAUAGUCGAAGGCCCAUCUGCCAGCGGACAAUCGGCACGGCUGCGCCCUUCCCUCCAACGACUCGCGUUGAGAAACGAGCAGCGUCCACGCAGCCUUUGCCGUGUAAAUAAAAUAAACACGCGACUUUUUCCCGGCCUUUUAUCGAGCCGCGAAUUGAAAUCGUACUGCAGACGCCGGAGUUUUACGACUCGAGGCUUUCAUCAAACCUCUUUGGGGAUUCGCAAAAACGAGCGCGAGCGUCGUUGAGUUGCGGUCGAGAGCGAGCGAGCGAGCGGGCCGGCGUGAAAUCCCCACGUGUAGAGUUCCGAUCGGUUCUCGCGCAGAAUCUCAACGUUGCUGCGUCUCACGACAACUCGUUACAUUUCACGAGCCCGACGACGGUUCAAUGUUUUACCACGUUCUGUUUUAUUUUUUUAUAAGUGCCAUCAUCCAGCAGUGGAUUGACAAUGGGGCUUGGACGUGGAUGUGUGAGUUACCGACAUAGGGGAAGGGGAUCACAACAACGAAUGUGUCUGGAAAAUUUGGUCCGGAUGGUGAUCUGAUCCCAAAGUGGUCUCAUUCGUCAAAGGGGGACAUUGAACGGAACUUAUCUCUGCUGGUGAUGAAUAUUCCACAUUCCUAUGUGGGACACAAGUUUAUGCAUGGGGGAAAAAAAACACUGCUGACUUUCCACAAUGCGGUACCUGUUUUAUCCACCCAUGAGGAAUGCCGGGCCCCGUUGACUUGCAGCCAGGAUUUUGAACUCGCACAAAGCUUCUGGUUAUUUUUCUCGUCUACGAUUAGCCUCAUCCUAAUUAAAGUUUAGUCUCCUAUUUGACCAAACUUCGAUUUCUCCCGCUGACAAACUGAGCUAUUCGAAUCGACGUAAACUCAUCCAAGUGUGAUUCCUAUUCCUUUGCGCGAGGGCUUUCUCAAGUACCCUCCGACAGCGGCCAGCGGUCGAGACUAACUCUGGAGUGGCAGCAGAAGGAGAAAAAGAAGCCCGUCAGAAGGACGUCCACUGUGGAAGUGGGUCAACGGAAUCGGCCCGUGUACUGGAACUGAGAUGGAUCGUCACAUCGCUGGACCGCGAGAGAUGACGUCGGCUUUGGGGGGGUGGGCGACUUGUAUCCAUCCCGAGAUUUAUCAUGGCUUACGAUGAUUACGAUAAUGACAAUGGUUGAUCUAUGUACCAGCUGUUGUCGGCGGUGAAACCUCACCUCGCCUCUAGACCUAGCAUAAUUAUGCUCUCAGAAAUUAAAAACAAAUAUUUCAGGAGACAAUUUCUGCUGUUUAUGAUUUAUUCACGAAAACAGCUGUUGUCUGCAUCGCCGCCAGUGAAAUUUCCACCAUAAAUCACAACAACGAGCGGAGCGCCGGGCGGACAAAACGCAGCGAGUCUGCACAGUGAGAGCAGAGUUCGUGAUCUGCCAGUCAUCUCAGUCAGUCAACCUCAUGGAACCUGGGUCUCUGUUCCGUGACCUCCUGCCAACAGAGAGCCUUCGACACUUCACGCGGCCUCAACGUGCACCUAGCCUGGCACAUUCGCCGUCGGAAAUGGCAGGUAUUGUUAUGGGACCUCCCUUGCCAGUACCCAAAACAUAGGAAUAGGUUUUACCCUAUUUUUUGUUUGCAUGCUCACCACAAGUAUGUGUGGUUAAUGCAGACAUUAUUGCUUGCAAAAAAAGGUUUCAGUUUGGUGUUGUAACACCUUAACACCACAUUUGUAUUGCCAGAAAGGGUAAAGGCUAUUCGUGUUGGCAGGUAUUGUUGUUCGCUGUUGUCUAGAUGUCCUUGGAAGACGCGUUGGCGUGCGGCGAAGUAUGUCGUCGCAACGUUCCAUGUGCCCGUUCGUCGCUACAUUUGGCCAGAACGCGAAGGGAUUCGAAGUGAAUUUGGAGGCCCACGAGUUGAAAUAAAACGGUGCCGCGUUAGGCCGCCGCCAUUGGCCGCUCGCUGUGUUUGUGGGCUCUUUGGAGGCCGGCUUUUUGGUGGGUCAGGGCAUUUAUAAAUACAAAAUUGAGUACGGUUAUGACGAAGGAAGGUGUGAUGUUUCACACAGUCUGCAGUAAUUUCACAGUCGGAGUGGAGGUGGCAGGGGGGUGAUGUUGCUGCGAAAUUGGGUCAUGUGCGGGUAAUUUGUCAACAAUGUGGAUAGACUGCACCACCUGCACACGAUUGGCUGCUCCUCUCGAACGACGCAAAUUGCCCUUUAACGUACUCUACUGUGCAGCAGGCGGCACGCACUGCAUUUAAUGCGUGGUUAAUAAUAAUAAUACAACACGCUGUGUUAACCAGGGCGACCUGCCGGAUUCGAACCGCGAAGCUUCCGCGCAACCGCCAGGUUGCCGCCAGCUGACCGUGGUAGGUCUCUGAAGCUCCCACGCUCGCUAGAUUGAGAGGUGGCCACGAGAUCGGGUGCACAGCAAUAGGAGAUACAAUUUGUGUUGUAUACAGCAUGUCAAGACUCAGUCAAGAAACGGUGGGUGUAUAUAUAUACACAUCACUUAGAGAGUAAGAGACAGUCGGUUGUUGGGAAGAAUCAGAAUAUGUAAUUAUAACUGGAGAAAUCCGAUGAGCUAUAAAGCGGUUUUUUUUUCACUUAUGUCCAGUCGGGGCACGUCGGUCUUGAACCCGACUUGAACAAGGGGGGGCGAGUCAACAGCACGGACGUCCCGGGAGAGGAGGGAGGAGUUCCAGACUAAGAGGGCAGCAGUGGAGAAGGAGCGACCGCCCACCUCGCGAGUAGAUUCCUGAAGCUGCCUGUGUGGAGCUUUAAGCGUUAUCUCCUGCUUAUCCGUGGAUGUUCUCCACGUAUCUCGGGGGUGUUCUUCCAAAAUGCAACAAACAACGACUCCGUAAAAAAAAUAUUGGCCAAACAUCGCAAUGCAGGACCCUCCUGAAAGUGAGUCUUGAGACUUUGUGAGGUUUUUCAAUCAAUCGAUCAAAAUGUAUAGAAUGCACUUCACAGAAAUAAAAGUUACCUCUGAGUGAUUUGCGUACACUACAUGUAUAUGAAUGCCGCAGCACUUGGAAUAUAUUAAAUACAAAACAUUCCAUAUAUUAAAAAAGGGAAGUACAGUG